GGCAAUUUGACCGAUAUCUGGAUUGGUUUAAAACCGAAAUUUGUUUUAUUUAUAUUGUUUUUGUAAUAGAGUUGACCUACCCCGUGUAUGAUUGCAGUUAACAAUAUCUACUGAAGCGAUAAGAUGAUACGUCCAAGAAGAAGUACCAAAAGCAAAUAUCGGCGCAUUGAGCCAGAACCUAAAAUAAAAGAUGUCUGUACCCAAACUGAUCUCUCACAAGAGGGUUUAAAGGAGAUUGUGUCUCAGUUCAUCAAGUCCAGAAAUCAGUGGACAAAUCAGUCAGACUGGACAAAGAAAGCUGCGGUAGAGUGCCAGAAUGGUGAAGCAGCCGUCAAGUUAACGUUCAAUGAAUGGGUGAUGCAGUUUGUUGAGGAUGAACCUGAGUUGGUGAAGAGCAAUAGUGCAACCACAAAGCAAACUACUGGAGCACAGUUGCUGUUGGAACCAUGUCUGGAUAACAAGACAUGUAUAAAAGUUGAGGUGGAUGCUAAUUUUCACAUCUCCUCUAAUGAUGAUCCAGCCGACGAUACAGAUGAUGGUGCAGCUGAUGAUGCAAAAGCAGCUGGAAGCAUCUUGACAAAUGGAAUAGACAGUGAUGAGAAGGAUGUUGGUGGUUCACAGAAAAAAACCCAGAAGUUGCACCCCAACACACGCACAAGAAGAGGUAAGAGGACAAGCAAGAAUGCUGAUGAGGACAGUGACAGUGUGACUGGUGCUCCCACUACGUUACCUGCACAUGAUGUUGAGCAGGAUACAUCGCUGUCUGUACUUCUGAAAAUGAUAUGUGAUAUUUGUGGAAAGGAGUUUAGACUCCACACAGAGCUAGUGAAACACCGGAAAGAUGAGCACGGUGGAUGUGUCAGUAAGUGUGAUGUGUGUAACAAAUUGUUUUCAACACGGUCAAAGAUGGAAAUCCACAGGCGAUUACACACUGGCGCCAGGCCAUACACAUGUGAGCAGUGUGGAAGGAGUUAUCGUGAGAUGUCUUCCUUGCGCAAACACGUCCUUAAAAGCAAACACAAGUGCAGCAGUGCAAUUUUCGAGAGGCGCAAAGCUAGAAAUCUAAAAAGUACAGCACGUCAUAUUCCCUGUGAGAAAUGUGGUAGGGUUUUACGUGACCUGAAAUCUUUGAGAUCUCACAUGUGGCUUCAUGAUGGCAUUAACUGUAAAGAAUGCGGAAGACCAUUUAAAACUGAUCAGACUUUGCAGCAGCAUAUGAAACUCAAACACACUGAACGUAAACCCAUCAAACAUAAGCCGACUGAAAAUAAACCAAAAAUCAUUAAAAAGAGGUUUCGAAAGGGUAAAAUUCCAAAUUCGUGCCCAAUUUGCAGUCAUGCAACUAAGCACUAUGUGCGUCAUAUGCUAACCCACUUGGCAGAUGUACCAACGAUGUGCAAGUUCUGUGCAGUAAUUUUAGACAGCGAUGAGGAGUUGCAAACACAUCUUGACUCUCACACCCCAGACGAGAUCCAGGUCUGUGACACGUGUGGUAAAGCAUUCGGCUCUCGUGGCAGGCUCAACGAACACAAACGUAUCCACCUGCGUGCAGCUCUCGAUCAGCGUCCUAUUUUCAAAUGCAAUGUGUGCAACAUGGGAUUCCUACAAGAAGACCAGCAGAAGGAGCACAUGGAAUGUCACGUCAACAAUACGAACUUCAGGUGCGUGCAGUGUGAUGACACAUUCCCCACCACAGACAAGCUGAAAGCUCACGUGUUAUUACACACAGGUGAAAAGCAACCAAUCAACUGUCCCUUGUGCGAUCUUGUUUGCCCAACAAAGAACUGGUAUUCUCGACACAAAAUAAAGAAGCACUUCAAAAACCACAUGUGUAGUGCGUGUGGCAAACAGUUCAGUAACAAUGUGGAUCUCAACAGGCAUACCAUGUUACACACAGGCAACUUUAAGCACAAGUGCGAAAUAUGUGGCAAGGGAUUCAUCCGCCUCGCAAAGCUGAAUAUUCAUAUGUGUAUGCACACUGGAGAAAAGCCAUUCAGCUGUGAACACUGUGGUUGUACGUUUUAUGUCGAGGGUUUGCUCAAGCGUCACCUGUUACAGCACGAUGGCAAUGCAAACUUUGUGUGUUCAGAAUGCAAUCUGAGUUUCCCAGAUGAGCAAAAGUUGGGGCGGCAUUUGAGAGAACACCAGAAAAAUAAUUCUACUAUAACAUGUACCUAUUGCAAUCUAGCCUUCGUGGACACACGCUACCGAAGGAAUCACAUGAGAAGCGUUCACGGGGUAAAAGACUUUGUGUGUGAUGUGUGCAGUGAAGAAUUAAACUGUCGUAUCGACUUAAUAAACCACAGGAUUACAGUCCAUGGUCCUGAGUACAUUUACACUUGUAACGUAUGUGACAAGAAGUUUAUUAAGAAAGUUAAUUUAAAUGUUCAUAUUAGAAAAACACAUAAGCAAGGUUUUUCAUUGUUCUCUUCGAAAGUAGAUGAAGAUCCAGAUGGUGAAAAAUCCUUCAAGGCUGUUAUAAAAACAGAAAAACCGUUUUCAAAAAUGAGCAAAGGUAAGAAGAAGAGACUUGUGGAUGUAAGCAGACCAAAGCUGUGCAGUCAGUGUGGUAUAAACCAAGUUGAAAAUGAUGCAGUCCUUAUCUGUGAUAAAUGCAAAAGGGACGACCAGAGUACGUUAAUGGACCUGUCGGAUAACAAUACAGAGAAUAUCCUGCUUGAAAUACCUUCAGAGAUCGCUGCCCAUGGACCCACCCCGGGUGUUCUCACAUGCUUGGCAUGUUCAAAGACGUUUGUGCUCUUUGACAACUUCAUAGCACACAUGCAUGAGCAUCCAGAACUACAGAUUAAAAUAGAAACUGUCGAAUGAGAACAAACAAAACACAGGGCAUUAAUUGCCCAUUGAGUGCCUAUGAUAAUUCUAACAUUGGUUUAUUAUUGUUGUGAAUAUUGAAGAUGGUUUAAAAAAAAAAAAAUAAUAAUAAUAAUGAAGAUGGUUUAAAAAAAAAAAUAAUAAUAAUAAUAAUUUGUAGGCAAGAUGAACAUGCUAUAAUUUUUAACACAUUCUAUUCUUGGCAUGCAGAGUAAUGGGUUUGUACAAUUGAUCCCCUCCCAUGGACAACUUGGGGUAAGUGGGUUCUUUUCCUUUCAACCAGUACUUUGAAAACAUUACAUUAGUUGAUGUGUUAUGUGUAAUGGUGCUUGUACACAUGAAAGGUAUUUUACUGCUAAAGUAGAAUGACAGAAUUUCUUUCAUUCUCUUUGUUUCAGUUACAUAUUUUACCUCCACAACGUUUGAUUAAACAAGCAUUCUGAGAGUACUGAUAAAACGGUACAUGUCCCCUACUGGACCCUACAAAUUGUCUUAUCUCAAGGGCAUAACUGUAAGAAAUCCCCAUGCAGUCAAACUUUAUCAGUAACUACAUGAUAAAGCUAUACAAUUGUUUUUUUAACCCGUUAUUUUGAGACAUUGUGAAAAAAAAUAUAAGCAGAAAGACUAUACCCCGGUAUGUGGGGCAGACGGAUAAAUGGGCAGAGAAUAUGUAUACUCCCCUACAGUGAUUGGUAAAGCACUCGUAAUGAUUUCAGAGGGGGAUCUAAGGGGGCUCCCUAAAGUUUUCAACAGUUAUACUUUUAUUAUAUAAUAAUUUUAAUUUUUUUUACCAUCCCCUCCAAAUCUCCCCAAAAGUUCAUUUGGCAUUCCUACUCAUGUUAUUGCCUCUCCCCCCCCCCCCCCCCCAAAUGGAUUUUCUGGAUCCACCACUGGCUUUGUGGCAAUGCUUCAUACCUACCUGAGUUAAACUAAACCAGGGUGAUUUUUGUCUAGCACUGCAGAAAUCCAUGUUCCAGGAAUGGGGGUGGAGUAAGAUGUUAUAAUUUAAUGAUUGGUAGGACUGCAAAACAGUUUUACUGUCUUUAAGAAGUUAGAGGAAAGUUGUAGGUGUUACUUUUCCAAAUUCCAGCAGUGGUAGCUUCUUCUUUUGGAUUUAUUUGUUUUCUCAUUUAGCAUAUGUUGGUGACAAACUUCCAGAUGCAUGAAAUAUAUUUGUGGGUGUACAUCUAAAAAAAAGAAAAAAAGAGGUAAAAUAAUGUUAGUUACUGUAAUAAUUCUAAAACAGCCCUUAAAUGAUAAUUGGAAAUACUGGUAAACUUAUGUUCUUGCUGUUUUAAUAAUUGCCGAUUACGGAGCCACUGUAUAUAUACUCGCGGAAAAAAGUUCCUGUGCACCAAAUAAUUGCAUAUAGAGUGUAAAUGAACGUGUAACCACAUCCUUCCAUAUCCCAGCAGUCAUUUGCACGAGCUAUUCAUGCUUUGUGAUCAUAAAUUGCAUUACUAGCAUUUUUGGUCACGUGCUCCUCUUUGACGUCAUGUUUCUUAUCAUUGGACUCUAAAACUAUUGUAUGGAUUCUCAUCACUCAUAAAAAUACUUUUGUUGGCAUCUGAUCGUCGUCGGUGUGAUGCCACACCUCCAAGAAAAUUAACUUCUUCAAAAGAUGGGCAUGAUUGCAGUUAGAAUGGUACAAACGUUGUUGCUAGUAAUUUUGGUGUUGGUGUUCAUCAGAAAACUAUGCAGUGUCUGCGGAGAUGUUCUCGACAGUUUAGGAAUACUAGGUAUCUUCCAUGUUUAGGGAGUCGACACGUGACAUCACGUUAACCAAUCGUCAAUAUCAAGUGGGAACACAUGUGGAAUCAUUUGGAAAUGACAAGUUUAACAUCCCAAUACAUCCCUGUGUUAAGGCCAAUCAGCGCAAGAACUGUACACAACCGAUUAGAUGAUCACAAAGUAUGACCAUGACAUGCUGUCAGUACGUUGUUCUGUUGCAUCAUCACCAACGGUGCACCAAGCAUUGUGUAGACCGUUUUUCAGGUUCAGGAGGGUAUCACUGUACUUUUGACAGAUAAAUAUAACAUCUAUGCAAAACAAUAUUUUAAAAUUUUAUAAAUAUACAUCUCACUGAAAUUUUAAUGAUGCAUGGGAACUUUUUUCCAUGAGUAUAUAUAUGCUUAUUCACUAAUUUUAUAUUUGUAAAAAAUACAUUUUCAACAGACCUCUGUGACAUUUGUGAUGCGAGGUCGGUUUGGGAUCGAUCCCCAUUGGUGUGCCCAUUGGGCUAUUUCUCGUUCCAGCCAGUGCUGCUCCACAACUGGUGUAUCAAAGGCCGUGGUAUGUGCUAUCCUGUCUGUGGGA